AUGGGCUCUGCCACCCGCCACGAAAGUGCCAGCAGCAGCAGGCGCAGUGCCUCCCAGGAGGCUUCUGACAAGCACAAGAAGGAUGGAGCUGAAGAGGCACUAAAAAGGUUGCAGGAACAUGUUCACCAGAUGGCUGCCAAAAAGAAAACUGAGGGGCGGCUGCCGGAGCCAUCUGUGGCUGUGAUGAGUCUACUUGGGGAGCUGGGGAGCGUGCCCAACGCCCUGUCUCUUAGUCGGGUCUUCCUUGGCCCAGUGGUAGCUUACUGGGUGGUAGAAGACAUGUGGGGGCCCGCCGUCGUAGGCCUUGCUGUGGCUGGGGCAAGCGACUGGCUGGACGGCUACGUUGCCAAGCGCCAGGGGCAGCAGUCUGUGCUAGGCUCCUACCUCGACCCCUUCGCCGACAAGGUGCUGAUCGGCUGUGUGGUGGCUGCCCUAGUGUACAAGGGCUCCCUUCCUGCAUGGGUGGCUGGCACGGUCAUAGCCAGGGACUUUUUCCUGGUCGCAGGCACCAUCGCACACCACUCUGGACGCACCAAAACGCCCGGUCUGUCCUGGAAAGAGCUGCUCGAGGCUGGCCGGGGGGGGCAGACGGAGAGCGGGAAUGUUCGGCUGGUGCAGCCACUGUUUGUGAGCAAGGUGAACACCGUGGUCCAGCUGAUGCUGGUGGCUUCGUGCAUGAGCCAGGGUCUGAUGGGUUGGCCGGGCGACGGGGAGAUCCUGACCUUGAGCUACGCCACUGUCUGCACCACCCUCCUGUCCUGGGGAGCCUACGCCCGGGGGUACUUGAUGGGUAGCAGCCGCCUUCCAUAG